UUACCACCAUCCAAAACUAGAUUAGAUGAUAUUCAAGAGAAUUUAACCAACAAGGGACUAUCAUCGCACUUGAAACUUUUAAAACAACAGACCCUUCAUAAAUUGGCGAAGAUUAGUAAAUAUAGUACUUCAUCUUAUCCUAAAUUUCAAAAUUUU